AUGGCGAUGUCGAAGGGCCUGUUAAGCCGCGAGCUCAUUGGCGGCAAUUGGUUCCUCGUGAAACGCCCCGCGAACAUCAACAUAAAGUCCUUCAAAAGACAGAAGCAUUCCUUCGAGACCACCGCGGGCUACCUACACAUAAUAAUCCCAGCUGGCGAUCCUAAUCCCAACUUCUGUCGAACAGCGCUGAGUGCGGCUCUGCUGAAUCAACCGCAUCCGUACGUGGCCAAUUGGGGCGGCCAAUUCAAUGAUAACAGAUAUGGCGAGGAAGGCAAGUGGGAAUGGGGAAAUCUGGCUGGAACACUGCAAUAUUUGAAAGAUCUGCCUCCAGCACGAGCAGAUGACCUCGUCCUAGUCAUUGAUCACGAAGACACAUGGUUUCAACUACAGCCCGAAUUGCUGAUCAAGAGAUACCGAGACGUGAUCCGACUAUCACAGAGACAGCUUCGGGGAAGACUUGGUAACGCAGCUGAGGAGGGUCUCAAGCAAAAGAUCGUCUUCGCCGCCCAAAAGACAUGUCCCAACAACAAUGAAAACCACAUCUCCUGCUACGCACCCCCGAACCUCCACCACCUUCUAGCUCCUACCGUUACUCCUCUCCCCUCGACAAGAAUGGCGUACAAGAUACCCGCCCCCGUUACCUCAACUCAGGCAUGA